CCUCGUGCAUAGUGAGCAGUCCCAGAGCUCUACACUGCUUCCCCAGGGCUCGUCCACAAGACGCCUGCCUUUCCCAUCCAAACUUCUCAGAGAACCAGAAGAAAGAGAGAGAGAGAGAGAGAGAGAGAGAGAGAGAGAGAGAGAGAGAGAAGGAGAAAGAACACCUACAAGUGAAGCAGCCGGCAGAACUAUUCUUCCUCUUCAAUCAUCACCUCUCGUCACAGCAGCUCUCUUUUUAGCAACAAGGAUUACCCUUUUUUAAAUCCUUUGCUUCAUUUCAGUAGGUGAAACUUUUUCAAAAAACUUUUAAGCCAAUACUUUCUUUUUUUUUUUCUCUCUCCAAAGCUGUCAGACUGAAUACAUCCACAGAGACAAGAAAGGUAGUUCCUGGAGGGACAUUUGAUCAAGAGGAAAAAGUUUUUCUUCUUCUUCUUCUUCUUCUUUUUUUUUUUUAAUUCUAGUUAGUUAGGCUGGUGUGGUCAUUUUGCAUCAUUUCUUCAGCCUCCUGCUCCAAGGAUGACGCUCCUGCCUGCCAUGAGUGUAGCACUGCUGCUCCUGGCUCACUGCUAUUCUCUUAAUGCCAUGGCCACCUCGGGCACCUUGGCAUCCUCGCCCUCUUCAGCAUCGGACUGCCCUUCUUGUGCCAUGGCACGACUGCGGAGGAGUGGUGCGGAGGUGCUAAUGGAGGAGGAGGAGGCGCAGCAGGAUGUUGUGGAGGCGGUGAAGAGGCAUAUCCUCAGCAUGCUGCACCUGCAGGAUCGGCCCAACAUCACACACCCAGUGCCCCGCGCCGCCCUGCUCAAUGCCAUCCGCAAGGUCCAUGUGGGCCGCGUGGCCAAGGACGGCAGCGUGCUGAUCGACGACGAGCCUCACGGACGCCUCGAGGCCGAGAACAGCGAACAGACUGAAAUUAUCACCUUCGCAGAAGCCGGUGAAACCCCAGGUCUGAUAAACUUCCUCAUCUCUAAAGAGGGUUACGAGAUGUCUAUGGUGGAGCAAGCCAACGUCUGGGUCUUCCUGCGGCUCCCGAAGGGCAACCGCACCCGCACAAACGUCACCAUUCGACUGCUCCUGCAGCAGCCGGACUCUGAGGAGAAGCUGGUGGCUGAGAAAGCAGUCGACACUAGACGCAGUGGCUGGCACACUUUCCCCAUAGCAUCUAGUAUGCAGUCUCUACUGGAACGUGGCAUAAGUGCACUGAACCUGCGUGUCUCGUGCCCAUCAUGUGCUGAUGCCCGUGCUACACCGGUCCUGGUCACUCCCGGAGGCGGAGGAGAGCGAGAACAGUCUCACCGGCCCUUUCUGAUGGCUGUGGUUCGUCAAAUAGAGGACAAUGGGCCAAGACGGCGCCGUAAGCGUGGUCUCGAAUGUGAUGGCAAGGUGCGUGUGUGCUGCAAGCGUCAGUUCUACGUGAAUUUCAAAGACAUUGGCUGGAAUGACUGGAUCAUUGCACCGACUGGCUACCACGCCAACUACUGUGAGGGAGAGUGCCCGAGCCAUGUCGCCAGCAUCACAGGUUCAGCACUUUCCUUCCAUUCCACCGUCAUCAACCACUACCGCAUGCGUGGCUACAGCCCCUUCACUAGCAUCAGGUCGUGCUGUGUCCCCACACGCCUCCGUGCAAUGUCUAUGCUCUACUACAAUGAGGAGCAGAAGAUUGUCAAGAAGGACAUCCAAAACAUGAUUGUGGAGGAGUGUGGCUGCUCGUAAGACAAAAAACAAUCAAACAAACAAACAAGCAAACGAACAAACAAAAAACUAAAGACAUACAAAGACAAGCAAAAGAGCAGGGAAGGACAGAAAAGAGUGCAGAGUUUGGCUUGCAGGCCAGGGUGGGGAGGGAACAGGGACCAGUGCCCUAACGGUAAGGACUUGGGCAAAAAGAAAAAAGGAAUGAGGUGAAGGGAUGAAGGAAAGAGCUUGAUAGAGCUCUCUUCAUUUCUCUAUCACACUCAGUCUCCAAUACAACGACAGGCCUCUCUCUCGACACGGUGGCUGCUUGAACUUGGCCGUCUGAAAAUCCAGGGGGUAUCUAUAGCUUGGAGCAGUUUCUGUGGCACUUUCAGAAGAAAAAAAAAAAAAAAAAGAAUAUAUAAUAUAUUUUUGCUACAAAGCUGAGGGAAAGGGGUGAGAUGAUAUUUAUGUGAGCGAGAGUGCAGUGCGGUCACUCCGAACAUGCCCCGCAUAAGGGAGUGACCAUGAUGAUGAGGUGCCUGAAAAAGCAAAUCUCAAAACUAUGCAACUUGUCAAGUAUUAAGAUUUAUUUUUCAUCUGUGUUGUUUUGGUUAACUAUUUACUUUUACAAACUAAAAAAAAAAAAAAAGAGAAGUUGACUUUUUAUACUUUUUUGAAAGUAUAUUUGAUGUCUUAUGUGUGUUUGUAUGUGUACAUGUGUGUGUGUGUGUGUGUGUGUGUGUGUGUGUGUUGUUGAGAGAUACUUGAAAGAAGUUUGACGGGCUGCUGGAACCAAACAUUUCUGUUUUUUUAUUAUUAUUAUUCUAAUUAUUAUAACUUUAUGUUAAUAUUAUUAUUAUUAUUAUUAUUAUUAUUAUUAUUAUUAUUAUUAUUAUUAUUAUUUUCUGUUUCUUUUUACUAUUUUAAAAAUGAGACGUUACGAACGUUUACAGUUUGCACUAUAUCAUCAGCAUAGCCACAUAUACGAAUGGUAUUUAGCAAAAGACAAGAAGCACUUCAAAACGGACAAAAUUUCAUUCGAGUAGGUUUGACCAGGUGAGAAUGAUGGGUUAGGAAUGAUGAGGAGUGAGGAACUGUAAUCUGGACAAAACCUUGUACACACCUGCAUUGUGUUGUUUUUUCGUUUUAUAAUUAAACACCAAAGACUUUAAGUUGAAACUACAUACAUAUAGUUUUUUUGUUAAAUUUGUUUUCUUUUUUUUUUUUUAUUUUUUUUUUUUAGAACAAUCUUUCACAAAGACAUCCAGGUCAAACCCAAGUAAAUGCCCUGAAUGACUGAUACAUCCCAUAAUAAUUCUCAAUCUUUUGUGCUUUUUUUUUUUUUUUUUUUUGCACUGCUGCACUCUCCAUGUGUGUUUAGCCAUCUAAAUGUUACACACAGCACUUAAACCAACAUUUUUUGAGUUUUCUUCUUACUUUUUUUUUUUUAUAAUGAAAAUGAAUGUGCAGCAUUGAUAUUUAAAGAAAUUGGGAGAUGAAUUGCUGAAUGAUGUUUAGGUAUUUAUAAAAUAAUUCAUCAAAUAUUGGAAGGACCCUGUAUGACCCGAAAAAUGUCACCAUUUUGUUAAACGUAAUUUUUUUUUUAUCUUCUUCUUCUAAAAACAGGUAACUACAAUGUUAAAAGAAACGAAGCAAUUGUUUAGCAUAAAAAUUCUUAAUUCAUGAGAAAAGCUUAUUGUCAGGAUGUGUGUGAAUGCAUACAAAAAAAAAACAA